GUUACAAUCAAAUUCUGCACCAAAUGUAAAUGGAACCUCAGAGCAGCAUGGUAUUUACAGGAAUUGCUAUCAACUUUUGGUGAUAAACUAGGUGAAGUUGCCCUAAUACCUUACGAGUCUGGUGUGUUUAGAGUAGAGGUUCAAAAAGAUACCAAUUCACCAAGUGUACAAGUAUGGGACAGAAAAGAGAAUGAUGGGUUCCCAGACUCCAAGAUACUCAAACAAAAAAUCCGUAAUGAAGUGUUUCCAGAUGAAGUAUUGGGUCAUGUUGACAAA